AUGGACGAAGUUCAAACGAUCGAAGCCGCAGUUUUGUCAUUUUACCGGGGUGGAUCAGAACAGCAAAAGGAAACGCAUAAAUGGCUUCAGCAAGUGCAGCACAGCCCGCAAGCUUGGUCCUUCUGUUGGGAGCUUAUGCAGCUGAACAAAUCGUCCGAGAUACAGUUCUUCGGUGCAAUCACGCUCAAUUCCAAGCUACGCAACGAUUGGGCAGAAGUGCCCAAGGAAGCGCACCAUGAGUUAAAACAGAAGCUGCUAGAAACGAUCGUAGUUUUUGGUAAUGGUCCGAAAAUCGUUCUCAAUAGGUUAUGUAUAUCGCUUGGCCUCUUCAUCGUACACAUGCUGCGCCACCCAACCGUCAUCGAGGAAGUAACCAAUAUGUUCUUGAACGAGCAGCUAGCAAACCUUGCAAAGGUCACCCAGAUAGAGAUUCUGAUGGCCGUGCUGGAAGUUAUUCCGGAGGAAGUUAAAAGCAUACGCACCCAGAUUCCCCGUCCGGUGGUUUGUGAAGAACUGAAUCGCAAUGCAGAAUUCGUCAUGCAAACCGUCGUCACGUACCUGAACGAUAAGUUGAACCAUAGCGCAGUGGAACCGCACGAUAUGAACGGAUUGAUCAAUGCUGCCAAAUGCACCGGCACUUGGGUUGCUCAUGGUAACGUGCACCUAAACGACCGUGAAGCCAUGAUACAAACAUUACUAAAGGCCGUCCACUACUGCUACUGGAAGGAACCGAAAGACGAAGGCUGCUUGAUGCCAGAAGAGAACGAGCUAGCCGAAACGGCUUUAAAGUCGUUGGCGAACAUCAUCUCUUCGUAUGCGACGCAAAAUGCAAAAUACUCAUUCACCAUCAUAAACUACAUGAAGCUGUUUCUUGACGUACUCGUUCCGAUUCUCGAUGCCGAAUAUAAAGAGAACAAUGAGAAUGAAAAUCUUGCCCUUAUGAUUUAUGCUCUCUUUAUCUCGACGCUCGAGUGCUUUUCCUCGGCCAUAUUUGCCGGCAUCGUCACGGAUUCGGACGAAGUUGCUAAGGUGUAUACGCGUACCGUCGACAUGCUGAUCAAGUGUACCGACAAACCGGGAACCUACCCGGUGGACGAAUCGUGUAGUACGUAUGCGAUGGAGUUUUGGUACAUGCUGCAGGAAGAGGUCCUUUCGAUGGACAACGGAGAGCACAAGAAACGGUGCCUGGAGGCAAUCAAGCCGGUCUAUGCACACGUGGUUAAAGUAUUGGUAAGGAAAUCGCAACUACCGGCCGAAUCCUCGCUACACAAGUGGAACGAUGACGACCUGGAAGCGUUCCGAUGUUACCGGCAGGACAUUGGUGAUACCCUUCUGUCCUGCCACGACGUCCUGAAUGAUCUUAUGCUGGACGUGCUGUCGGAGGCACUGGACGAAUCGAUCAUGUACCUCAGCUAUGAUCCGCAAUCAACGGAAAGCUGGACUCUUCUCGAAGCGACCAUUCACGCCUUCUGUUCAAUCGCACAAAAGAUCGAAUAUACCGAACACCAACAGAUCGUGAAGCUGCUCAAGGUACUGAACGAGAUACCGUACGAGAAGUACAACGACCGGCUGUUCGGAAUGGCACUCGAAACAGUUGGGGCGUAUAGCGAGUGGAUCGGAGACAAUCCCAAAUACCUACCGUCCGCCAUCACGCUGCUAGUGAAGGGCCUCAACUCGACAAAGGCUUCCCAGGCGACCCUUGGCCUGAAGGAUCUCACGUCCGAGUGUCAAAAGGAAGUCAUUCCGUACGCACUACCCUUGCUAGACGCCUGCCGGACGGCGCUACAGGAAGGUCACCUGAAAAAUGCGGAAAUGAUCCGCCUAAUGUAUACGGUCGGCAACAUACUUAGUGUGAUUUCGUACGAAAACAUCAUCCUCUACCUAGACGUUAUGGUUUCUCCCUGCUUCGAAGAACUGCAAAUGCACGUACAAAACAACGAUCUUAGCGAAUCGACAAAAGCACGCGUUGUGUUGCGACUCGAAAUGAUUUCGAAGCUGUUUUCCUCCCUCAACAUUCGCAAACCGACGGAAAAUGAAGAGGAAAAAGUCCUCGGCACCGUAGCACCGCCCGGUGGCCAAAAGCUCGCCUUUCCCGGGUCCUCACCGGUCGGGCCCGUGCAACCCAUACUGCUGAUACUGGAAAAAACUAUGGGUUUAUUGAAGAACCUAUGCACUCUGUGGAUCCACGAUGAAACGGUUAUCGAUACGUUGUGCAAAGCGUUGCAACAGGCUUUGACGAAUCUGAUGGACGACAUUAAACCCCUGCUCACGGAGAUGUGCUGUUUGGUGCUGUCGAUUCUCAACACCAACUGCGUCGUAUCCGCGGCGGAUAUUGCAGGCAACUUCAUACUCAUGUUCUACAAAGAUCAGGACUGCCGGCAGCUCAUGGUUCAGCUGUUUACCGCAAUCAUGGACUACAACUUUAACCAGAUGCAGAUGAACCUGGGUAAGCUGUCGCGGAUAGCGGACCUGAUAGAAACUUUCUACGCGUUCAACACGAGAAUAUCGAAAAAGAUUCCGAUCUGCUACAGUGAGGUGCAAGUCGACUGCAUGAAACUGGUGGAUUAUGCCACAAAAUGUAUGAUGCUUCCGGAAACGGGUCCGAUGAAGAAGAGCGUCGCAUUCAUCACGAUGUUUGUGAAGGAAUCCGUCAAUCACCCGGUUAUGAUGGGUGUUAUCCUGGCGCAGGGUGAGAACAUCGUUCGAUCCACGUUUUUGUGCAUUGGAGGGACAGCGCUUCGAACGCAGGUGGAGAUCUUCGCGGAAAUUUUCCUCGCCCUCAACUUCCGAUAUCCCACCGAGUUCAUCCAGUGGAUUAAGUUGCUGGAAAUGCCAAACUUCCCUACCGCAUACGUGAAUGCCGCAGACAAGGAACAAUUUAUGCGCAAAAUUAUCAGGGAACGCGUCAACAAACGUCUCGUGCAAGAUCACGUGCGAAAGUUUGCUGCUCUUUGCCGAAACAUUGUUGAAUAUGAAAGCAAAUAAACAUAAAGUUGCCGCUAAGUGAAGAGAUAUAGAGCGAGAGAGAGAGAGAGAGAGAGAGAGAGAGAGAGAGAGAGAGAGAGAGAGUAUCUUUCGAUCUAACCAAUGUGAUUUUUAGCCUGUAGUGGAGAAAAAUGUAUGUACAAAUAUUCCUCCAUAUAAGAGAAAUGGCCGACGUAACCGGGGGAAGCAGCAGACAGGAAAAUCGUUUAGCUUUCCCAACCGGCAUAUCCUUACCGGCUCGUGGACUCUUCGUACUAAUGAGUCCUGCGAUUGCGUGUGUCCACGUGUUUGCGUGCCAACAGAGAUCGAUGGCCAAUCUUUGAAGCCAUUCAAAAUUACGUGCACAUGGCUUGCACUUUUCUCUUGAAACACGAAUAA